CACCCCACUGCUCAGUGCUCACCCAUCCCCCUGCAACCCCCGCAGAACACCACGCCAGCCCAAGCCAUGAGGAACGCCGCUGCAGUCCCUCACGCCACCUGAUUAACGCCCGGUGCAGUGUAAAGAUGAUGAUAUUUGAGAAGCAAGAGACCUGAAGUGAAGGCCAGCUGAGAGGGAGGGCGGCAGCAGCACGCCUUAAAGGGCCACUCUCCCUCAAUACCCAUGCCUCCCCGCCACCCUGCCCUGAACAUGCCCAACGCCGACCGGAGGAAGUACGCAGGAGUGGGCGAUAUCCUGUUGUCACUGUAGGCAGCCCCGAGUAAUGGCGUGCAGGCUCCGGGCGGUGGUGUGGGGGUUGGCUGGCCUGUGUGUGCUAACCUGUCUCGCCUCCGUCAGGUGGUUCUCCGACCCCUCCCAUUCCCCCGAGGUGGAGAGGGCGCCACUCAUCUCCACGCCUGAUGGCGCCAUGGGGUACCUUCAACCGCCUGGAGUGUCAAGGGAGAUGAGGUGGCGGCGGGAGGCGGUGCAGGCGGCGUGCGCGGGAACAGCAGGUAGCGCUUCGUUCAGUGACGCCGCUGCCAGACUCUCGUAUGACCCAAAGAUGCUUAUUAAUCUCCUCGUUGACGACAAGAAUCGGGUGUUGUAUUGUUAUGUGCCUAAGGUUGCGUGUACCAAUUGGAAGAGAAUGAUGCUGAUUCUGAGUGGUGCUUCUAAUGAGACAAACCCGCAGCGCAUCCCAGCCGACAGUGUACAUAGAAAGAACGUGUUUACCAAGCUCAGUGAUUUGAAGCCUGAUGACAUACAACACCGCCUCCUCACAUACUCCAAGUUCCUAUUUGUGCGUCACCCAGUGGAGCGCGUCAUCUCAGCCUUCAGGAACAAGUUUGAGAUGAACUACACCUCCUCCGCCUACUUCAAAAAGCGUUUCGGUGUCAAAAUCAUGAAGAAAUAUCGGAAGGGUGUGUCGCCGAGGAGCAUUCCCAACACUGGCCAUGGUGUGAAGUUUCCAGAGUUUGUGUCUUAUUUAAUUGACACCAAGAAGGAGCAGUUUAAUGAGCACUGGGCCCUUGUUUCCUCCCUGUGCUACCCUUGUGAUGUAAACUACGACUACAUUGGGAAGUACGAAACACUGGCUGAUGACUCCCAAUACAUCCUGGAGCAGAUUGGAGCGCCCCCGUUCCUGCACUUCCCUGAGGUGGUGCCGUCCAAGACCAGCGCUGUGGUGGAGACUUACUUUAACUCCCUCACACCACAGCAGCAGAGCGAUCUGGUCAAGAUUUACAAGGACGACUUCCAAAUAUUUGACUACCACUUCAGGGAUUUUAUUUGAGGUGCAGUCAAUUCUGAGCCUUAUCUGUGUGUACGUAUGUGUGUCUUUUGUCUGUUUGUGUGUGUGUGUGUGUGUGUGUGUGUGUGUGUGUGUGUGUGUGUAUAGGUACCCCUGUUUGUGAUAUGAAGCUUGUUUAUUGUUCGUUUCUUCGUGAGUUUGAAGUCAAAGAGUCACAAAGGUAAUGAAACACAUGGAGAGUGAUGAAUCAAUUGCCAUAAGUUGUGAAGUGAUGGAGGUGCCACAAUGUAAAUGAUAAAAUGCUGAAACCAAACACUUUUUUAAGCAAAGGGUGAAAUAAAUAUACGUACAGGUGUGGUUGGAAUUCAAGUAACAUUCAGUGCUCACUUCCACUGCAUUUGAUGAGGGUAUUGUGGAUGGUAUUUGUGUUUUCAAGGAUGUUUCUCUGUGGUUUUAGUGACUGUCUUAGUGCACUCUACAUUUUAACAGGGUUCAGUGAAAGUUAUUGGUAUUUUCAAGGAUGUUUUCACAACUAGCAAUUUAUUUAGGAUUCUGAUCUGAUAAUCUGAGAAAACCAGAGAAGUAAUAGAUUGCCAACAGAUGAGAACUAGGGAAGACACAGAUCAUAAUUAGAAAGGAAAGACAUAACAGAUCUGAGGAAAUAGGAAACACAAAAGAACUAGGAAACACAAGAGGAAUUUAGAAUGAAGAGAGAGGCUAAACAAAGUGAAAGUGAAGAAGAAUUAGGAAAGACACAACAAAUCAGAGGAAAUAGGAAAGAAAAGUAGGAAACGAAGGAACCAGGAAAAGACGAGAUGAAUGUAGAAGGAAGAGGGACUGCUAAAACAAAGUGGAAGUGAGUGUUGAGGGUUACUGUAUGUUCCCCCAUGACUGUAGCAGGCAGACUUGGCAUUGGGUGCUUGUUGGGGUUGCAUUGGUGGCUUGGUGCUCCUGUGGUCAUUGCAGUACCAUGACCACCUCAAGACAGGGAAGUGGUGUGUGGUGCAGCUCUGUGGUACAAGUGGCCUCAUAUACAGAUAAUCAGGACUGUUGUUCCUCAGCUUAUUUUUGUAAGACAGAGUGUAACAUGUGAAUAAGAUGCAAAACAACCACAUGGAAUUAU